AUGGGCUCCCACGACGGAUCCGUCGACAGCUCCCACGCAGGCACCCACGACGCGACGAUGAGCUCCGGCAGCACCGCGGUCGCCACAUCCGGGCCGGGCCAGCACAAUCGCUCGGCCCAGCAGGAUGUCUAUGUCAACCCGGAUCCGGUCCUGGACAUCUCUCACGAGCACCACCAUGCCCACGUCCACCACGGCAAGACAGCGAUCCCGGACGAGAAGGACGACAUCGUUUUCGCCAAGGCCUCCGACAAGUACACCGGCGACGCGGAUGUCCCUGACUACAAGGUUCGCCAGAUGUCGUCGUCCGUCGAGGACGAGGAGAGCGGCCGUGUCGGGGACAUCGACAACGAGAGCAAGGCGGCCAAGAAGUGGUCGUUCCGGUGGGUGUACCGGAAGUACAAGAUAUUUUUCCACCUCUUCAUCUGGGCGGUGUUCACCGCCUGGUGGAUCUUUGGCCUUGUCUUCCACCGCAGCGACAGCAACCUCGGCUGGCUCAAGCCGACGCUGUUUUAUAUCGCUAUCACCAUCCGCAUCGUCACGCUCUGGGUCCCUGUCUCUGUGGUCAUGAACCCAACCAAGACCGUCUGGCGCCACACGGCCUACAGGGGCUACGAGGCCAUCCCGGCGAAGCUGCACAAGCCCCUGGCCGCUUUCGUUACCGUUGCUGUCUUCCUCAUCGGAUCCAUGGUCCCGGCUGAGACGGGCCAGAACACGCGCGCCAACCGGGCCGUGUCGCUGUUCGGCCUCGUGGUCAUGAUUGCCGUGCUGACCGCCACGUCGCGAGACUGGCGGAAGAUCCCGUGGCACACGGUCAUCGGCGGCAUGUUGACGCAGUUCAUCAUCGCCGUGUUCGUGCUGCGCACACAAGCGGGCUACGACAUCUUCGCCUUCAUCUCGGAGAUGGCGCGCACGCUGCUGGGCUUUGCGGCCGACGGCGUGGAGUUCCUGACCUCGAGCGACGUCACCAAGCUGACGUGGUUCCUGACGGGCGUCGUGCCGCCCAUCAUCUUCUUCGUCGCGCUGGUCCAGCUACUGUACCACGUCGGGCUGAUCCAGUGGUUCGUCGGCAAGUUCGCCACGUUCUUCUUCUGGACGCUGCGCGUGUCGGGUGCCGAGGCCGUCGUCGCCGCCGCCACUCCCUUCAUCGGCCAGGGCGAGUCCGCCAUGCUUAUCCGGCCCUUCGUCCCGCACCUGACCCUCGCCGAGAUCCACCAGGUCAUGACCUGCGGCUUCGCCACCAUUGCCGGUUCCGUGCUGGUCGCCUAUAUCGGGCUCGGGCUCAACGCCCAGGCGCUCGUGUCGUCGUGCAUCAUGUCGAUCCCGGCCUCGCUCGCCGUCUCCAAGAUGCGCUACCCCGAGACGGAGGAGACGCUGACCUCCGGCCGCGUCGUCGUGCCCGAGGACCAGGAGCACAAGGCGUCCAACGCGCUGCACGCAUUCGCCAACGGUGCAUGGCUGGGCAUCAAGAUCGCGGGCAUGAUCAUCGCGACCCUGCUGUGCAUCAUCGCCUUCGUCUCCCUCAUCAACGGCUUCCUGUCCUGGUGGGGCCGCUACUGGAGCAUCGACAGCCCGCCCCUGACCCUUGAGCUCAUUCUCGGCUACCUCCUCUUCCCUGUCGCUUGGCUGCUCGGUGUACCAGGCCCGGACGUCCGCAACGUCGCCCAGCUCAUCGGCAUGAAGAUUAUCACCAACGAGUACGUCGCCUUCAACAGCCUGACCACCGAGGAGCCUUUCAUCAGCAUGGCCGAGCGCUCAAAACUGAUCGCAACCUAUGCAUGCUGUGGCUUCGGCAACAUUGGCUCCCUCGGAACACAGAUCGGUGUCCUCUCCCAGAUCGCUCCUGGCCGUGCAGGCGACGUUUCCAAGGUCGCUCUGUCUGCCCUGUUCUCGGGUGUCCUGGCCACGCUGACUUCAGCCAGCGUCGCUGGCAUGUUGUUCACUGACGGCGUUGGUGGCGCUUAG